AUAAUCAUAGAUCAUUGUUUACUGGUAAAGGUCAAUCGAUUACAGAUCACCACUAAAGCCAUCUUGCUUUUUCACUGGGACAAAAUCAUGGAGAUCAUUGACACACACAUGCAUUUGUGGACUCCUGAAACUCACCCUUGGGUCUUGGACUUCAAAGAUGGUGGUCACCCAGCAGGAAAGUGGGAGUCUGUCCUUACUUACCUGACGGAUGACUACAAAAAGGACACAGAGGGUCACAAUGUGGUGCAGUGUGUGCAUGUGGAGGCUGUGUUUCCAGGAGAUCCUGUCGGGGAAACCAUAUGGCUAAAUGGACUAGCAGACAGUACUGGGAUACCAACUGCUAUUGUGGGCUACUGUGACCUGUCUUCCCCUGAUGCUGAAGACAUUCUCAAGCGACACAGUGAGCACAAGAGAAUGAGAGGAAUUAGAAACAUGCUAAACUUCCACAAAACACACCCUGAGUAUAGUGCCGUGUCUCACGAUGACUACCUCACUGACCCAAAUUGGAUCAGAGGAUUUGCUCUCCUUGAGAAAUACAACCUCUCCUUUGAACUCCACAUACUAUGUGGCCAAAUGCAGAGGGCUGCGGCAGUGAUGAGGGAUCACCCUGGAGUGAUGGUGAUGGUGGAUCAUUGCGGGGUCCCUUAUGAGAAAACCCCUGAGUCAAUGAAACUUUGGAGGGAAGGUUUGCAAGAGUUGGCGAAGUACCCUAAUGUGUAUGCUAAGGUGUCUGGGAUGUUUGCUACUGACCCAAAGUGGAGCCAGCAGUCCAUAGAAGAUGUGGUGAAGCCAGUACUAGAGAUAUUUGGAAUCGAUAGAUGUGUGUUUGCUAGCAACUUUCCAGUGGACAAAAUAAAUGGGACCUUUCAGCAGCUGCUUAGUGCUCUGGAGCCUAUCCUCAGUGCCUACUCAAAAGAAGAUCAACAAAAGUUCUACGCUGGGAAUGCAAGAAAGUUUUACAAACUGUAGAGAAUCAGAACUUCUGAUUUUUUUAGUGAUAUAGGUAUAAAAAAAUGUGAUGUAUAUAUCUGCUUUUUGGUGCUUUCCCCCAAUCCACUAGUGGUCUUUAUAUUUUUUGUGGUGUAGUUUCUAGAGGUCUCAAACCAGCUCACUUUAUAACACAA